CUAUAAUGGAACAGAUAGCUCAUGAGUUUGAAUGUAAGAGGAUCAAACAGAGCGAUGAAACUUUUAGACUUAGAUAUACAGGUACUACAGUCCACAUGAAUGAUAUAAAGUAUCGGCUUCUUGAACUGGACUACGAAUAUGUAGAUAUCUUUGUAUCAGAGAGAUGAGUGUUUGAUCUUUCGGAGCGUAUUAAAUUACCAGGCAAGCAUAUUAGUAUCAUAUCUCCUAUUUUCGAAGUUAUUGGGGAUAAUAUUUUGUAUAAUGGGUCACAUGGUUUGCAUGAAGACAGACAUGGUCUUCAUGGAGGUAACUUCAGUGUCCUUGCCUGACAGUUUCUUAAUCACGGAACCUUAACUGUACAGUCAGGUGGAGCCGGUGGAAGAAAGGGAGAACAUGGUAGAAAUGGCAGCCCAGGAAGUUCCGGGAAAAAUGCUCCUAAAAUUACCACUAUUGAGGAAUUUGACCAAGCAAAAGAAGAAGGUUUUCAAAUGAAAGAACAGAAGAGAUGGAAUGAGAAAGAUGAAGGCACUGCGUUUAACGUCGUUGCAGGUAUUUUCUCAUUCGGGAUUCAUGAAGCAGCUCGUCCCCAUCCUGAGAGACAUAUUCUUUACACUGUGAAAGGAGAGCAAGGCAAGGAUGGUACUCCUGGUGGCCCAGGAGGGCCAGGAGGAGAAGGAGGCAAGCUAGGCUUUUUGUGAAUCAUAAAUCUCUAUAACCCUGAAGAUUCGGACUCAGUAAAAAUGAUCAAGUAUCAAGGCUCAAAUGGGUAUAAAGGAGAAAAAGGUGAAAACGGAAGUUGGGGCAUUGGUGGCUAUGGCGGAGCUGAUAAUUAUGUUGUUCUAGUUGAGCAACUUACUAAAAAUUGGAGUUCAGUGAGAGACAGAUGGUGCUACAAUCCAUUUGAUAAAGGGAUUCACGCAGAUUCAUGCGGUCAGGGAGAUAUUGGAAGUACAAACUUCAAUAUAGUGGGGGAUGAACCUACAUUACCUCCUCCACCAGUUAGUGUUCAUUUGAAUCUUGGUUUAUUGACCCUUCAAUAUACAAUUACUUUGUUAUUAGAAAGUAAAUCAAAUAGGCUUGAGCCUGAAAAAGCAAAUAUGAUUGCUCAGCUAUUUAAAGCAAGAGAAAAUAAUGUCGAAUCAGAACAUUUCAGGUUCAAUUUCACCAGUUUAGCUAAUGAGUUUGAAGAGAUAGAGUAUGUUAAAGAUUGUCUUGCUGAUGAAAAACAAGAGCAUGUUAGCAUGCUAUACGAGAACUUAUUUAAAGUGAUGCUUCUUUAUACUCAAACCGAAAAGUAUAAAAAUCAAGAAUCUGACAAUAAUUAUACGGUUAUGCAUUUACUUACUGCAUUAUCGAGUAGAAUAUUAGCAUUUAGGAGUGCAAACUCUGAGAUACUCACAACUGAUAUUGUGUAUUUCACAGAAAAAGUUAUCAAAAAUAUUGAUGAAUUGAAGUCUAUUCAGAAUGUUGAAAGAAUUGAUAAGCUGCAGAAAGAUAAUGAGGAAAAAUUUAAUCAAAUUAUCAGUGAAGCUAACAACUCUUUAAAAGAAUUCCAUGAAGCAAUCAAAAUAUGUGAAGAGAAAGUGGAUAAGAAUAUUGAUGCAAUGAUGAAGAAAUUAGUUACCGAAAUAGCAAAAGCAGAUACUGAUCAAAAAUAAGUUAGAACAAGCAAGAGCCAAAUUUGCUGAACAACUACCUCUGAAGACAUCAUUAGGUUGUUUAAAGGUUGCAGGGACUGCUAUGAGUAUCGCAGGUCCACAAGGUGCGCUUGCUGGUUCGGGAAUUACUGCUCUAGCUUCUGUUGGAGAAGAGUUGCUCAAAGAUCCUGAUCAGUUACCUUUGAAAGCGCUAGAGGCAAGAGCUGAAAUUGUCAAGAGUUAUCAAGAACAUACAACUAAAACAAAUAAAACCAUAGUCGCUGAUGCUAAAGCAAAACUAGAAGCCUAUAAAACAAUCAUGGAGUCUGUAAGUCUUUCCUCUAAGACAGAAGAGGGUAAGCUCGUAGCUGAGAAAUACGAGAAAGCUUGUGCAGAUUUGUAUGCCUGUUCUGACUUCACUGACGAAAAGGCAGUAAAAAGAGCAUGUGCAAGUUUUAACGACUUAGAUAACAAACUUGGAGACCUCUUUAAAAAAGAAGGAGAUUGUCUCAAAGCUGAGGCCGAGCGAUGGGAAAAUAUCAAUGCUCGAUUUGAAAUAGGAUUCAGUACAGCUAAAGGGAGUAUAGAGGUAUACAAUCAAAUUCAGAAGGACCAGAAAGCUCUCGAUGAAAUGGAUAAGGCUAUUAAGCUAAACAAAACAGUUAUUGAUAAGUUAAGGAAACGGAAGAAGAAUAUUGAGAAUAACAUGAAAGAACAGGUUGACUCCAUGACAAGCAAAUUAACAAAUUUUAAAGGUGAACUCACAGGCCAAUCUCACGUGAUCCUAGAUAUUAUGCAGUGGAGAAUGCUGGACUACCUCAAGGAUAUCAAGAAUGAUAUGACUAAUGUCACAAGUGAUGUCAAAACGAACAAGGAGUUUGAGUAUGUCUUUUCCAAGAUGGAAGCAACUAUAAGUUUCCUGACCAAAAUAUACCAUCAUAUCGAAGACUCGAAGGACAAGAUCAGGAAUUAUGAGUACAUUGGGGCUUUAGCUAAGCUGUCACAUCACUCUGAAGUUCCUUCUGAAAUUCUGAAACUAAGGAAGAUUAUCACUCAAAGUCAAAUUAUUGAGCUUGAGAACAAGGUGAAGUCUGCAGUGAAGCAUAUGUACUUCCCAUUUGGAAGUCUGUUCCUCACUAGAGAAUGUCCCGAAGUUAAGGAAAAGCUUCAAAAGAUCAAGACUGAAGGGCUUGAGGAAGAGGCGGGCAUUGAAGCUAACAAUAUCAUCACACUUGUGAAGGAUCAUAUGAUGUCAAUCUCUGAGAUGGAUGUCGCUAUAAUCAUAAAAGAAUUUCAAAUGUCUAAGUAUAACGACCAAUUUUGUAUUUGGAAAAAGGAAAAUGAAGUAGUACAGUCUUACAUCCAUAGACUCUUAUCUGGUGAAAAAGUUGAGUUUACAGCUGGCAUUGAUCAAUGCAGACAUUCUUGUGUAAAAUUUAACUUUGUUGACCUAAAGUUUAUCCACCGUGACGAGAGCCUACAGGCAGAUCUAGAAGAAACUCUUGAGAGAUUCAACAUCGAGAUGACCCAUAUGGGAGACUCAUAUUACAGAUUUGACAGAAAAGUAUACUGUAUUCAAAGCAGAGAAUUAAAGUUGUACUGGAGUAUCAACGGGGAUGAAAGAAAUAAUGCUUACACUAAACUUUCAAAGGCGGAACCUAUUCUUAGUCCAUAUUGCACUUGGAAAAUCAGACUUACUCCAAAAGAUGGAUCAUUUGAUACACUUUCAGCAUACUCUGGAGAUAUCGAUCUAUACUUAUGCGGCAAAGGAACAUAUCUUAAUGAAGAAGAAGUGAAAGAGAAAUCAGAACUCAGAAUGGAAGAGUAUUACUCAAAACAAUUAAUUGUGAACACCUAAUUUCAAUAA